CUCUUGUUUUGAUCUCGACCGUAAACUUGGUUUUGGUCAAUCAUUGUUUUAAUAAUCAUGUAAUUUAUUCGGACGGUCAAGAUCACAAACUGGGUGAGAUGCACGGUCGUUGAUGGUUCCUCGAAGACUUCCCUAUGCAAGUUACCCUGCAUAGAUUUUGUCUACCAACCGUGCGCCCCUUGUCUGAAGUCCCACCAGGUCUCUGUUUCUACCGCUUCCCCUAAUUUCUCGAUAAGGCGCCUCGCCUUCCCCUAUAAUCGCAAGCCCCUCGACCCUUCGCCCCGACCUCGUGCUUUCGCCCAUGAGCUGGCUGGGAAAGUUAGGGUUCGGCCUUGGCGGCCGAGCUGCGACGGAGGCGUCGUCAGCGGUCGCGCAGGGCCCUGACGAAGACGCGCCGGCGGCCGGGCAGGAGUUUGCCCAGUUCGGCGCCGGCUGCUUCUGGGGCGUCGAGCUUGCCUUCCAGCGGGUGCCGGGUGUGACCAAGACGGAGGUUGGCUACAGCCAGGGGAGCCUCCACGAGCCCACCUACGAGGAUGUGUGCACCGGCGCCACCAACCACGCCGAGGUGGUACGGGUGCAGUACGACCCCCUGGCGUGCAGCUACGAUGACCUGCUCCAAGUGUUCUGGGCGCGGCAUGACCCCACCACUAUCAACCGCCAGGCAAACGAUGUUGGGACCCAAUAUCGCUCUGGAAUAUACUACUACACACAAGAACAGGAAAAAGCAGCCAGAGAAACUAUGGAGAAGCACCAGGAGGUGUUGGACAGGAAGAUUGUGACAGAAAUUCUUCCUGCAAAGAAAUUCUACAGGGCCGAGGAGUAUCAUCAACAGUAUCUGGAGAAAGGUGGGCGCUUUGGUUCCAAACAGUCUGCUGCUAAAGGUUGUAGUGAUCCUAUUCGCUGCUAUGGAUGAAACGAGUAAUGAUAACCAAAUCAUCAAGAUUUGCAGCCACUGGUUGUUUCAUGUAAAUAUACUCUAGUGUGGGAGCUAUGAGACUGUCCUUAGCUGUAAUCUAUUGGACUAUUGAAUAAACAUUUUGUGAAAAGACUAAGGUGGAUUGAGAUCCAGUCACCUAGUUGAUGAAUUGAUUUAUGAUCGGUCAAGGUUGCUUCAGAUGCA